UGUCAUUUGUCAUUUGUCUCUUGUCUUAUUUGCGAUUUUAAUUUAAUAAACUAUGAAGAUAUAAACAAUUUGAAAUUAUUGGAUAUUAGAUUUGAAACUGUAUGUUCUAACCAGUUCUAACUCUUCAUUUAAUUAUUUGAAUCGAGCAUAUUCAGAAUAUGGGACGAAAAUGUAGUGUUGAGAAUUGUACAUCCGAUUCAACUCGUCCUGAACAUAUUGGAGUAACGUUUCACAAGGUUCCUCAUCACCCAGAUGUCCGACCUAAGUGGAUUUCCCUUUGUCGAAUACCAGACGAUAAAGCAAAUGCUAAAGUUUUGUAUGUAUGUUCUAGACAUUUUUUAAGAGCUGAUUUUUGUAGUUUCAAAGGAAAAAAAUAUAUGUUAAGACAAGGUGUUUUACCAAGUGUUUUUCCAUGGGAUAAGUCAAAACUUGAGGCUAUAAUAGCUGAGGUAACUACAAAAAAAGAUACAGAUGUCUGUAAGAAAAAAAUAAAACCAAAGAAUCAGCAAAUUGAUGCAGAGCAAAGCCUUCAGAAAAUUAAUAUUACAGAAGCAAAGGUUAACACUGGAAUUAAAAAUGAACAAAAAAAUGAUCAAAGUGAUCCUGAAAACGCAGAUAUUAAAAUAGAGGAAAAAGAUCACUCUGAAAUAAGAAUUAAUGAAGAAACUGAUGCAUUUGAUCAACAUCAACGUGCACAAGUAUCUUCUACAGCAAAUAAUCCUAUUAAUUUUGCUAUUAGUUCUAAAAUUGAGGUAUUAGAUACCAAUAAUAUUUGGUAUACUGCUAAGAUAAAUGAAGUGGAUUAUGAGGAGAAUGAAAUUCUAAUUCAUUUUGAGAAAUUUUCUAAUAAAUAUGAUGAAUGGAUAUCAAUGAGUAGUCCAAGAUUAAGACCAUUACAAUGCAACUUAAUUGAUUCCUAUCAAGUUGGUGAAGCUUGUAUGGCCAUAUGGAAUGAUUCACAAAAGAGUUCAGCUGUUAUAACAAAGAAAAUUGAUAAUAAUACCUAUGAAGUAUUAUUUGAUGACGGGCUAGUAAAAACUGUAAAAACUCAAGAAAUGUUAAAAAUUGGCAAGACUAAACCAGCUCAAGCUUCACCUUUGUUUGAGCCUGUUAAAAGUACAAAACAGGAACGCCGUGACAAGAAAAGGAAACUCAAUGUCGCCGCUCUUUUUGGUAAAAGAAGUCGCAUACAGCAUACUGAGGAGAAGACUAAGUCACUUGCAGCCACACUUAUACCAAAGGCUGAAGAAUUAACUGAUUCUCCUUCAAUGUCCCCCAAUGCAAAUUCAACUUUAACAUCUUCUGAUGAAUUAUACCGUUGGCGCCCUACUUUUGAAAAUGGAAAACCCGUUGGAAUUGAAUCAUCGUUAGAAUGUAAUGAUAACGUUCGAAAAUCAUAUAUUGUACCAGACCCAAGGGUACCUGAAGGUUGGCAGAAACAUUUGGCACAACGAACCUAUGGAAACUCUGCUGGAAAAUGGGAUACUUUCUUUGUUGGCCCCGAUGGCAAAAAAUUGAGAACUAAGACUGAAAUAAAAACUUAUUUGGAACAAAAUCCUUCAUUGGAAGUUAAUAUGGAAAUGUUUGAUUUUACCAUUUAUCGAAACAGUUACAAAAGACUAAAAAAGCCUAAUAAACCAAAAUUAAAUAUAUUACCUGAAACUCAAGUUGAUUCUGUAGAAGAGGAAGUAAAGGAAGAACCAAAUACUGAAGAAGAAGAAAAUACAGAUCCUCCAAUUACUCUUAAAAUAAUUUUCAAUAAUGAUAGUUAUGAGUGUCCUAUUGAGGGUUGUGGGAAGAAUUUCAGAAGAGAAAACUUGGCUUUAAUGCAUGUCAAACACUACCAUUCGGAAUAUACGAAAUAUUUAGAUUCAACACCAAAUGUGGCUGAUUUGGCUUAUGCUCGUACAGUUGGAGAGAAUCUUGAUAAAUCACCGGGUUCAGGUAAACCAAGCACACCAAAGCAACCUAUAGAAAAAUUACCAGUUAAGUUACCAAAAACGCCAGUGACGGAAACGAAAGGUAUAUGUGGUACUUCUCCUAGUACUGAAGCGAGGUAUAAAGAUUCUGAAAUUAUCAAGCUGUUGAAUCAAAAGUCUACUGAAGUCGAAAAAGAUAUUCAGCCUUUAUCUUCAGAUUUGGAUUCCAAAGUAUAUCCAGAUGGAAAGUUGCUUUCAUUAUUAACUAAAAGUUCGGAUACUCCAAUGAAAGAUGAUACCAAUCUAAAACAAUUAGUAACUUCAAGACCAGUCCACGGAAUAAAAACACUUUUACCCGUCAGACCAGCUUCUUCCGAAAAUGGCGAAGAAAAAAUUAAUGCCAAACGCAAAAAAGUCAUUCUUAAUAGUUCAGAAGGAUUUAAAGGUAGAUCUCAGCAGGCUGCAAGUUCGACAAAAUCCGAUAACAACCAAUCUACUCACCUACCAUUACCACAAACAUCACAUUCUCAAAGUCAGGUUACUUCAGUUUCACAAUCAAAUCCACAAUCACCACUCUCCGACGUGUCUGGGCCUUUUUCUUCAAUUCCUUCCGCCUUCGAUUUAGCGCCACCUGUCGGGCUUAAUACAAUGCAGUCUUUUCCAUCGAUUGCCCAGUUCGAUGGCGUUAUCAUCGAAGGUGGUAAAAUUAUCAAAUUAGAGCGAAUGAAACAAGAAGAGAUUAUCAAUUGUACCUGUGGAUUUACGGAAGAGGAUGGUUUAAUGAUACAGUGCGAGUUAUGUCUUUGUUGGCAACAUGCAUACUGCAAUAAUAUACAGAAGGAGAGCGAGGUACCCGAAAAAUAUAUAUGUUACAUUUGUCAACAUCCACAAGCGGAGAGACAGUCUAUGAAAUACUUACAUGACCAAGAUUGGCUGAAACAGGGAAUUCUACCGGUAGCCUCGUAUCAUGCAAGGGACGAUCAGGAGUUAAGGAAGAAGUUUGAUAAGUUAAAGAAAUGUUAUGAUCUAUCAGGAGGAUUAUUAGAACUUCAAGAGUAUUUACAUACCUUGGCGUAUAAACUAAAAAUUGCAGAAGCUAAAAAUCACCCCAAGCUGUACCUAUGGUCUAAGCCCUGGGAAAAAUCUAAACUACCAGAAAAAUCUGAAAUAAAAGAAGAGAAAUGCACUGACGCAACACUUAAAGUAGAAAAUAGUGAUCAUCAGUAUAUCAAAAAUGAAAUGGAUACCGAAAAACCACCGUCGAACGAUUCCAUGCUUAUGAUGAUGAUCAAGGAAGAUAAAGAAGAUAUUCCAAUGCUUAAUGUCAACCAUAACAUGGCAACGAUUAUUCCUCGUUCCGAAGCCGCGAUAGAUUCGGAUGAUUGCAGAUUAAAUUUGUUAGAUCAUAUCUCCCAUGCAGAAACUUUGAUAGAAGAGAGAUUGGACGAAUUUGAGAAACAAUUUUCGGAAUUAGAAGAGGGAGUGAGUUUAGAGUUGGAAGCUGACUAUCCAAAAACAAGGCAGACUUUGCAAUUGUUAAUAAGAGAUCUGAAUACUUUAAAAAAGUUCAGUGAGUUGCCAAUGAUUUAGCCUCGGAUUUAGCUGUAGUUUUAAUUUAAUUUUGUGAUGUUAUUGUAACAUUUUAGUUGGAGUUAAUAAAUCGUUUCAUAUGAG